CUCCGAAGAGCCGGGCUGGGCGCGCCGGAGUCACGGCUGGGACCCGGCGGGCAAAAGCAGCUCCUCCCCGGACGCCCCGCCUCUCACUCCCGUUACACCCGGGGGAAGGUGCUCCAGAGGCGGCUCCCAUCCUCACCCCGCCUCCCGCUUCCCGGGCGCUAACCUCUGCCGGCGGAGCCCACUAUGCCAGACACUUUCGACACUUUGCAAAGACAAAGAGCCCUAGACCGGAGGGAGGAGAGAGGAGGAGGCAGAGAAGGACUGUGAGGUGUGAGCUGGCAGGGGCUUGACUUUGCUGAGCUAGCAAUGCCGUCAAAGAGCAACUGGUACCUGUUGCCUCUGUGCUGAGCUAGGCCCAGAGCUGGGGAGCCGGGCAGCUGUAUCUGUGAGCCAGGGGCAGACAGUGGCUCAGCUUCCUGAGAUGAAGAAACUGAGACUCAGAGAGGUUAAGGAACCACACUGAUGUGGCACUUCCGGUGUCCAGCAACCCCUGUGCCUUCCAGGGGCUAUCCUUUAAGUCUCCAUUCCCUGGGACAGACUAGGAAACACAGCUCUAAUUAAGGAUUGUCCACGGCCACCCUUUCUGGAAGACGGUGACCAAGCGGCUUCAUAUCCUGGGCCAAGACCCCUUUUCAGACUGUCCAGGGGCUCACCCAGGCUGAGAUUAGCUACCUAAGCUUGAUCCCUUUUGGGUUCGGGAGAACAAUUGCUCUUCCGAGGCUUUACUCCAGUGUCAUCAAGCCACAUUCUUGACUUUGCCUAGGAUGCAGAAGAGGUAGCCCACGCUGUUUACCAAGACAGCCAAGACACCAUCUCACAGACUACCCUCAUGUGCCACGCGGAGAUGUAGAGAACACAAACCUGGGUGUGUCUCCAACCGGCUGAAGUCUGCCCUAGCUGCAUCUGAGACCUCCCUGCAGACUCCCUUUCCUGACUCCUGAGGAAUCUCAGGGUCUCUGAGAUUUCUGCUCAGCUCUAGGAGGGGUCUCCUCUCUCCCACCUUCCCAUCAACACAGAGGUCCCAGCAAAGGGUGGAGAGAUGGUGAACAUGAGGAAGAGGACCCUCAAGUACCUCACCUUCUUCCUGCUCUUCAUCUUCCUCACUUCCUUUGUCCUGAACUACUCCAACACGCGAAUGCCCAGUGCCUGGUUCCCCAAGCAAAUGGUCCUGGAACUCUCAGAGAACUUCCUCAAGUUCAUCAAGUCACAGCCAUGCACCUGCAGAAACUGCAUCAGCCAGGACAAGGUCUCAUAUUGGUUCGACCAGCGCUUCAACAAGACCAUGCAGCCACUGCUGACGGCCCACAAUGCUCUGAUGGAGGAGGACACGUACCGGUGGUGGCUGAGGCUCCAGCGGGAGAGGAAACCCAACAACCUGAGCGACACUGUCAAGGAACUGUUUCGCCUCGUGCCUGGGAAUGUGGACCCCAUGUUGAACAAGAGGUUGGUGGGUUGCCGACGCUGUGCCGUCGUAGGAAACUCUGGUAACCUGAAGGACUCCUCGUAUGGGCCCGAGAUUGACAGCCAUGACUUUGUGCUGAGGAUGAACAAGGCACCCACAGUGGGCUUUGAGGCAGAUGUUGGGAGCCGGACCACCCACCAUCUUGUGUAUCCUGAGAGCUUCCGGGAGCUGGGAGAGAAUGUCAACAUGGUCCUGGUCCCCUUCAAGACCACUGACCUGCAGUGGGUGAUCAGUGCCACCACCACAGGCAGUAUCACUCACACCUAUGUCCCCGUGCCCCCGAAGAUCAAAGUGAAACAAGAGAAGAUCCUGAUCUACCACCCAGCCUUCAUCAAGUAUGUCUUUGACAACUGGCUUCAGGGCCAUGGGCGAUAUCCAUCGACUGGCAUCCUCUCCGUCAUCUUCUCUAUUCAUAUCUGUGAUGAGGUGGACUUAUACGGCUUUGGGGCAGACAGCAAAGGAAAUUGGCACCACUACUGGGAAAACAACCCAUCCGCCGGCGCAUUCCGGAAGACGGGGGUUCAUGAUGGCGACUUUGAGUACAAUGUCACAACUACCCUGGCAGCCAUCAACAAAAUCCGAAUCUUCAAGGGGAGAUGAUGCUGCAACCCAUUAAGGAUGGACACAACACACCACACCUCUCAAUUUGCAGCCCCCACAUCUUCCUGGAGCCAAGGUGUUCCAGAAGCUUCCAGGGCUGAACUCGGGGUGUUCCCAGGCUUUCUGGCAGCCUCUCGCACCCUCAUUUUGGUAUCAUCUACUUAGCAAAGUUGUCCAACUCUCCCAGGAUACAGAGCAAGUCUCAGGCCUAUCUACGGUGGGAGCGCUUCCUCACUGCUGUCACCUAGCUGGGGAAAAGUGAGCAGAUACCAGGAAAGGUUUAGCCUCCAAACAACAGUUAUUUUGUCUUCUGGGUUGGAUUGGAAGGAGGGGAUGGGAAAAAAAUAUCCUGAAGAUUCUUGUGUUCAAAAGAGUGGACAUUUCCAGAAAGUCAUUUAGAGGCUGCUACUGAACUGUGAGCCUCAUGCUCAACUCAGACUCUGCCUGGGAAUGUUUGGGACAGUCAUCUACAGAGCAGAGCCACACUGGGCUAUACCAGCAGAGGGGCAAGAUACCGUUCUCCUUUGCAUGAAGCCUAGCUUGUCACUUGAUAUGACAUCCCCAUUGUCCCUUUCUUCAAAAAGGUCACGGAUGAUGAUGGCUAGGCAAAGCUUCUGACUCCAGACGUCUUCCACGGAAACCUGGCCAUGUACUGCCAACAGGAGUGAAACCCUUGCCACCAUUCUGCGUAAUUCCCCAUCCGUAGUGAUACCGAUGGCCAGAGCAGGGCUGACUACUUCCAUGUGCCUUUGAACUUGAGAAAGAAGUGCAUGCAUUGGCUGACAUGAAGCAAAAUCCCCAAUUGGAGAAAGGGGACCUCCACCAGCACCUUGCUUUGCUGCAUAGCUCAAAAUCUCUUUUCAAAUGAUAUCCCGCACCACCCAGAGUAUGCCAGGCAUGGGACGGGUGCUCACUUCUGUUUCCUCAGACUGCUGGGUUCAGGACCUCUAACAACCAGCAUCCUCCCCUGGGUCCUGAACACUGAGCCAAGUCCCUAGCAGCCACCUUCCUGGACUUAUUUGGGGUCGCACUGGGGACACUCUAGGACUUCAACUGAAAUGCAUGUACCUCUUCUCCUGAGUUCUGUCUGUUCGCCCCUCCUUCCUCUACAGAAAUCCUGAUUAUUUAUUGAUUUGUUAAUUCAGCUGAUCCUGCGCACACUCUUCCCCAUGGCUGGUCACAGUGUUUUGUUGUUUUGCCUGGCAAGUGGGAGCAGAAGCAGAAGGAAAGCAUCCUGGAUGUACGUGCUGAGACGUCUGGACUCGGGGCCUGCUGUCGGGCAGAUCCUGUGGCACUGACAAUCCUUUGUAGAAUCCAUGUCACCUCCCUUUCUAGUCCAAGUGACUCACCUCCUUCCUCACUGCAGAAGGGAGGAGAGCAGGCACUUGGAGGUAACUGUCACCUAAAACCUCUGCUUCUGUUGAAAAGUACUCCCUAAAGACCACAACAACUUCAUCAAGGCAGAUUAUGAGAGAGGUACCUUGAGGGUUGGGAGAGCUCCCUCUGCUCAGGUUCCCCUCUGCAAGUAAGAGCUCAGGAUCCCUUCUCAACUCUGGGCCGUUCACAGGCAUCACCAAAGAGCAGACACUAAGAUUGCCACUUUCUAGGAGUCUGUCCUGCGAGUGGCUUUGCCGUUGCUUUCGUUUAAUUUUCAGUGACUCAGAAUUCAGGCUUUUAAUGGGGGGGUGAAUAUGUUUCACUUUUAAAAUCUUUCUGACAUGGAACCCUUGACUGAAAAGGCUGGACUCCUUUGAGGUCCUUGCUGUGGAGGGCCCUCCUCAAAGGUCCCAGUUUGAGGAAAUCGGCAGAUAUUUGUAGGUCAGCAGGCCAAUCCCUAUGUCAAAUCAAAAGUGGUGGACAUUGGCUUAGGGGUGAGAGUGCAGGUGUAGCUGGGUUCUACUGCAUGAGAGCAAGUGCCUGCUGUAAAAGUGUGGCCAUUUCUAGCUGAGUGCUGCUCGAGAAGCUCUUCUGGUCUCCAGCGGCCCCUCCCACUCCCUUCUCCCUGCCUUCCACUCGUCCUCUCUCUGUUCCUCCUCCAGCCAAGGAGCCAAUGGUUCUCUUUCGCAUAACCCUCAUCCUUCCCCUGUGUUUCACUGGCUUAACAUGGGGCUCUUAACUGAAUAAAAUACAGUCGGUUGUGGCCAGAAUUAAGUGCACCAAUUAAUUUAAGGUAACUGGAGCUUUCCUUGGGUGUGGGUGGCUGAGAACAGAAAGGGCCUUCCCCAAAGAGACUGGGCUGGCUGCUGAUAGAAAAGCUAGCACUAGGCUCCAGGCAGAGAGCAAAGGGCUGGCUUCCAGUGCACAAGAAUCUAAGUCCAAGGGAACUGGGGACUACUAACCAGGAGGCUGGUGUUUCUUGCACUGGUGGCAGGUUUCUACUCCCCUCAUCCUCUAUUAAAACGGGAGAGAGAAACCGAUCUGUAUGUAGCCCUUGGUUCCUGGAAGUGACAAGCUAAGGAGGAAAAUCUUGAUGUUGAUACCUUUAGACUGGCUUUUAUGCAUCAGACAUCAUCCAAUAAGCCAUGUGGGCAGGGUUAGCGGAACAGACCCAAAAGCAGUGAUAUAAUGGGGAGACCAGCAACUAUCUAGGGCCGUGAUGGUCUAAAGGUUUGGAGACCAUAGGAUACAGCUGGUGCUGCAGUCUCCACCCAUGGCCACAUGGGUCUGCUAGAGGCCCAUUCACACCUCCUGGGAAUGUGGCCUCCCUGUCAGAGGUGGAAAGGACCACAGUGGAUAUUAAGAUCCCAGAGGGUGUCUUCACCUGUGCCCAGUCAAAGUAGCUCCCAACUUGCAGGGUGGAGGAGGUCCUAGAUAACCCCACCCAGAAGAUAGAGUGACAGUUGUAUGCCCUUGGGAGCUGACAGCUGGAGCGACAGGUUCCAUCAUAGCCAGGUGGCUAUGAGGCGAGAAAGAUUGACUCUAGGCAGCUCAGCCACCAAGGUCUGGCUAGCCAAUUUUCAGAUAGCAUCAGCUCUGCUCUUUGUCAGCCUCUCAUGUGUCCCGGGUGUUACCUAAUACCUCCAAAGAGCACCGGAGGGUGAAGAGAGAAAGUAGAGACCAGCAGAGUGGUGCCCCAUCCCUUCAGCUUCAGAGUAUAGUAAAUGCGUCAUCAGCCAGGCCUGGCCUGGAGCCUGCUUCUACAUGCUAAAUCCCAUCCCUACCUCCCUAACCUCUCUGCUCACUUAGCUUUUACCUCGGCUCCUCCUGCCCAGGGUCUGCCCCAUGGCAGCGGCUUUAACCCUAUCUCCAGAGCCUAAUCCGGAUCUUGCACACCCUACGAGGUGAACAUGGGUAACUGCUGCUGCCCCCACCUCCUUGCAAAAUCACUUUAACCAUUUCCCAAGAGCCUGCCUGAUCGGGACCUUGCUCAACCUACCCUAGUAGGUAGACACGGGUCCCUCCUGCACCUCCAGGUACAAUCACUUCAGCCGUUUUCCAAGUCUGCUUCAGAGCCAAAGUUCUCCAAGCACUUUCUGCCCAAAAGCUUUCCCUUCUUGGCCUCCUGUGGCUCAUCAUUGCCCAUUUACACUUUGCUUUCUCCUGCCCACAUCUUGUAAUCCCCCUGAUCGGUCUGGAUGCAUUUCCAAUGAUGUUAGCAAGUCUGCCUUCCUCGGCCUCUGCUCCGUUUUAUUUAUUGUUGAAUAUUUCCAAUGAUUCAAAUCAAAGUGAAUAAAAAGAGCUAUUUUAUUGUUUGAGU